AUAACUUUGCGUUCAGUGUCAAAACCUACACAAUUGCCAACAAUCUAAAAAACCCUCACUCGAACCGAAAGUCUUAACCCAGUGAAAACGAAGGGCCUUAAAACUCGAUAGACCAUCGGCAAGAUGAUCUACCUACAGAAUUGCUGUUGCUGCGUGGAUCUGCGUAUCGGUACCAUUAUAAUCGGCGUUUUGCACAUUUUAGCCGAUGUUCUGGGAGGGACUUUUGUGGCAUUAUUUGGGGAGUCUGGCAUUCCCGAUUUGGGCCAUACUCUGUUCAUUAUUUUCAUGAUGCUGCACAUUCUGAGCUGCGUCUUCCUGAUCAUCGGCUGCUUUCGGCUAAGAAGCAACUGGAUGCUAUUCUACAUAAUAAUGACUAUGAUCAUGGCAUUGGCCAUGCUAAUACUUAUUGCAUCAGACGUCAUACUAGAGAUUUGGUUCUGGGUCAUGAUCACCUAUGCCUUUAUGUUCUUUAUUUGCCUAUACUUCUGGCUGGUGGCCUACUCCUUCUAUGCCGCCUUGGGAGGAGCUCUGUUCCUCUGAGAUCGCCUGAUCCUGAUCUUAUGCCACCUAGUUGUUGUAUCAAAUUUUACGGUGCUGGUAGUAAUAAAACCUUUGGUUCUCUGACAA